GAAAUAUUUGUGGUUAUAAAGAAACUGCUCUUUGUCAUUGUGCACAUUCAACUUCCUGGUUGAGGAACUCAUUUGCCGUUUUGAUGUUUGCUACGAUGGCAGUGCAUCACCUGUUUGCGUCUCUCAUCCUUUUUAUCUGUAACACAGUGUUCAGUGCUGAGAUUUCAGUGUUUGUUCAGACGGGAGAUUCUGUUGAACUGUAUAUACAGACACUUCCAGAGUUUGAUGAUUUAUCCUGGAGAAAAGAUAAAUCAGAGAUGAUAGUUAGAUAUACAAACGAAACUAAAAGAGUAAAACUUCACCCUUCCUACAAGGACAGAGUGGAUUUCAAUGAUAAAACCUUCUCUCUGACACUGAAGAACAUACAGGAGACAGACAGUGGACUCUACAUAGCAAGAGUGAGUGGAGAAACAGAGACUGAUAUUGCUACAUACAGAGUAUCUGUUAUAGAUGCUGUGGAGGCUCCCGUCCUGAACUCAAAAGUGUCCAGCAGUGACUCCUGUACUGUGAACUUCACAUGCAGCGCUCAAGAGUUCAUGAUUAACUCCACCUAUCAGAACAACAGAUGCUCUCCAGAGGAAGUGACAUCACAGAUCAACACUCUCAUCCUGGACUGCAGUGAGGAAUCAAUCAUCUGUAACCAUAGCAACCCUGUCAGCUGGAAAGAAGUCAGAAUGAGCAUCACACAGAUCUGUGAAGAAAAAGAAAGACCAUUUCUACACUCCUCUGGUCCAUCUUACAUGUUUGUGCUUCUUAUCGUGUGUGUUGUUGUGGGAGUGAUAGGAGUGUUUGCCGGUUUGAUUCUUUGCUGCAAGAAUAAAAGAGGUGCCGAUGAUACAGACUAUGAUGAUGUUGAGACCCAGAAGAUGACAGGAGAUACAUGGACCACUGUUACCUACUGUACAGUAGGACGGCACCAUACACCUUCCUCUGCUCGUGACCGCUGAAGGUCAGGGUUAACCAUGUCCUAAUUUAACUAGCUGUCUUCAUGACUCCUGUUGAAAUAUACAGGCGCUCUUUAAUCAGCUACUGCAGAAUGCUUUUGUAAUGUACUUUUUAUGCUGUUUGGAUUUACCUUUCUUGGCCAUAUGUAUAAGUGCAUGGUAUAUUUUAUAACAAUUUAAUAAACUUUGUUCUCUUAUUAGCUCUAUAUUAUACCUGAAAAAAUCAUGCAAUCUUUACUCACCAGUCUCUUUGAACUGAAAAAUGUUUUUAUUUGUAGUUAAACAUCUACCAUCAGGGGCUAGUAAGGUCACUUUAACCAGAUGAAAAUAAAGCCAUUGGUGUGAAGAAACGAAUCCCAUCUGUGCUAAAUCUUUAUUUUACUUGCAUUACUAUAUACUUUUAACAGUGCUUGUAUCCAGUCUGUCUGGUUUAUUGUUUGAUGCUGGAAUGUUUUUUCUUUGGUUCAAACUAACUCUUACCAAAAAGUAGUAUACUUGAAGUUUAUUUUAUUACUUGUACUUAAGUAAAACUAAACAUGGACUAAAUUGGCCCACUUUAGUAUAUAAAAGUUUACUUUUAAGUAUACUUUAAGUAAAACAGUAGUAAACUUUGAGUACAAUAAAUUUAUUAGCAUUACAGGGGGCUCUUGACCUUUGACUCUUGGAUCUGAACGAUCUGAACGCUAGACCAGCCAAAAGAAAAGAUUACAAAAGGACAAAAGAUGUUUAAUGUAAUUAGACUUGAAUCACUGGAUUGGGUGUAUCUUAUCAUUUACAGCCUUCCUGUGACAGUACAGUAUAAGUUUUCAGCAUAAGAUUUUUAACAGCCCCUUUGAUCAAAAUAUGCAUACAAAAAAAUUCAUAAAAGGAUUCAAGGAUUGGCAUGAGAACCUCAACAAUUGCAGUGCAUUCUGGGUGCCACCAAUCAAAACUCAUCCUUGACUCCCAUGAGCUUUGCGGCAUUAAAAAAAUUAUGAGCUGAAUUG